UAAACAAAAUGGCCGCGCCUAUAGUUGACACGGACAGCGAAGAUGAGAUCCCGCCAGGGUGGGAAGAGCGUGUGUCUGCGCAAGGACAAGUGUAUUAUGCAAAUCAUGAGACUAAGGCAACACAAUGGGAACAUCCUCGCAGUGGAAAGAGGAAACAGAUUAAGGGCGAUCUGCCUUAUGGAUGGGAAAAACAAAUAAAUGAUGAGGGUGUCAUAGUGUUUGUUGACCACAUCAACAGAAAGACUACCUACACAGAUCCAAGACUAGCAUUCGCAGAGGAUGAGAAGAAAACACCGAUGGAUUUUAAGCAGAAGUUUGAUGGCAACAGUACUGCCAUACAAGUACUCCAGGGAAGAGACCUCUCAGGGAAAUACGCAAUUGUGACCGGAGCAAACAGUGGCAUUGGAUAUGAAACUGCUAGAACUUUGGCUUACUUUGGUGCUACAGUAAUUCUGGCCUGUCGGAAUCUGGAGGCUGCCAACAAAUGUGUCAAGGUCAUUCUAGAGGAGAGACCAUCUGCAAAAUUAGAGGUCAUGCAUUUGGACCUAGCUUCUUUAAAAAGUGUUCGAAUGUUUGCUGAGGAAUAUAGAUCCAAAAAAUGGCCCCUUCACAUGCUGAUAUUGAAUGCUGGAGUGUUUGGUUUGGCUUACACAAAAACGGAGGAUGACCUCGAGAUGACCUUUCAAGUCAAUCAUCUGGCCCAGUUUUACCUAACCAAACUUCUGUGGGAGGUGCUUGCAGCCUCUUCGCCUUCAAGAGUGGUCAUAGUGUCCUCCGAAUCUCACAGGUUUAGUGAUAUUUCACUCCACAAUAUCAGCGAGGACAAGUUGUCUCCCGGACGGAAUAAGUACAAGGAUCUGCAGUCCUACAACGACUCUAAACUGUGCAACGUCCUCUUCUCCCUACACCUGAACAAACUGCUGUCAGAUAAGGGUGUCCACUGUAACUCCCUGCACCCUGGAUCUGUCAUGUACACCAGUCUGUCUAGAAACUGGUUUUUGUACAAAUUAAUAUUUCUACUUGCCAGACCUUUUACGAAGUCUUUGCAACAAGGUGCAGCCACUUCCAUCUUCUGUGCUGCCUCCUCUCAGUUAGAUGGAGUAGGGGGGUUGUACUUCAACAACUGCUGUCGUUGUGAACCCUCCAAAGCUGGUCAUGACGAGGAGCUGGCCCUUAGGCUGUGGAACCUCAGUGAGAAAAUGUUACAGACUGCACUGGAUAGAGAGAAAUAGGAAUGAAUCAUCUCUAGAGCUGUGGAACCUCAGUGAGAAAAUGUUAUACUGCACUGGAUAGAGAGAAUAGGGAUGAAUUAUUUAUAGAGCUGUGGAACCUCAGGGAGAGAAUGUUAGAAACUGUACUGGAUAGAGAGAAUAAGGAUGAAUGAUCUCAAUAGAUGGCUUACCUCAGUGAGAGAAUGUUCGACUACAUUGAAUAAGAGGAAAAUAGGGAUGAAUGAAUCAACUCAACAAGUAUCUAAUGGAACCUCAUUGAGAAAAUUUUAGACUGCAUUGAAUAAUAGAGAAAUAGGGAUGAAUUAUCCCUAUAGCUGUGGAAUCAAUGAGAUAAUGUUAGAGACUGUAUUGGAUAAGAGUGUGUGCAAUAGCUGUGCAACCUCAGUAAGAAAAUAUUAAAGACUGCACUGGAUGAUGAGAACCUCAGUAAGAAAAUAUUAAAGACUGCACUGGAUGAUGAGAACCUCAGUAAGAAAAUAUUAAAGACUGCACUGGAUGAUGAGAACCUCAGUAAGAUAAUAUUAAAGACUGCACUGGAUGAUAGAGAACCUCAGUAAGAGAAUAUUAAAGACUGCACUGGAUGAUGAGAACCUCAGUAAGAUAAUAUUAAAGACUGCACUGGAUGAUGAGAACCUCAGUAAGAAAAUAUUAAAGACUGCACUGGAUGAUGAGAACCUCAGUAAGAAAAUAUUAAAGACUGCACUGGAUGAUGAGAACCUCAGUAAGAUAAUAUUAAAGACUGCACUGGAUGAUAGAAAUAGGAAUUGUCCAAUUCUAUGGAAUCCUUAUUAAUGUGAUGGGAAUAUAAUGUAGGUCAAAAGCUCAGCAGACUAGCUUGUUUUAUUAUAUACCAGCCUUAAAGAAAGAUUAUCUUAUCUCAUGUUGAUUGAGGAGUGCUACAGAAAGCACUAGACCAGAAGAACUGGGCAUGCAGCAUUCGUUUUGUAGAGGAAGCAGAUUGCCAUCAAUACUCAUUAUUCACCAGUAAUCCACGAGAUAAUCCCUCAGCAAUGUCAGAGUGAGAAAACUCGCGGUCCUAGUGUGGUCCAUAGUAUUCUCUUAAUAAAUCACCACACAAACAGAUUAAAGCAGUCCUAGAGUCGUCCAGUAGUAUUAUCUUAAUAAAUCAUCAGACAGAUUAUAAAUCUGGGGUGGGGUAGGUGGGGGGUUGAGUAGUAGGACGUUGCCUCUAGAAUAUAUUUUAUUGAGAGUGAAUAUGACAGAUUUCCUGCAAAAUAUAUAGGUUAUUAAAAUCCCUUCAUACAUUAAAACUCUUUGAAAAACAAUUCUGGUUAGUGAAGCCAGUUUAAAAACGAAGAGGUUUCUCCUCAAAAUAUGGUAAUCAUUCCGACAUUUGAUGUCGAGUGAUCACUGAAUUUUCUAGAAGACUGUACAGGCACAACAAGUCUGUUUUUGAUUUUCUAUUUGUAUGUGUAAAUAUUAUUCAUUAACAUUUUAAAGUAAAGGUUCAAGAAGUGGAUUUUAACCACUUGAAAUCCUCGAUAUAUUGAUUGACCAUGUUGUCUGUGAUAAAACAUUAAAAGCAAUCUAGGCAGAAUUAUGUACAAAAUAUAGAGAUAGUGCUGGCUACAUGUUCCAAGUCAGGGCAUAGAUUUUUAAAUCUACUCACAUAGAAUUGAAUAAGAUCGUGGUAGCUGUGGUUAAAUUUACUCAAGUUGAACUACAGGAAUGCUGGGAAGAGUUUUGCUGACGUACAAGUUUGCCUGUAUAAUGAUCAUUUAUAAACGUAACUUGAAAAUGAUACAUCAAUAAAGAUUAUUGACAAUGAACUUUGUGUUUUAUAAAUCACCUGCAAGUCUUGCCCAAAAUCAAAUGCACUGGUGCAUGACUGUUUCUUUCACUGCCUUGUGCAGGUAUAGUAUUAUUUUUCUGUUUUACAUCAGCCAGACACACACACCAGGAAAUUUUGGUAGUUUUCAGACCACAUUCACAAGUGCAGUAUUCAUAUGUUGCCCACACUUAACAAAGCUUUGUGAUGAUCUAUCAUCCUUGGAAAUUGACGAAAACUCUGUCCUCUAAGCAAUAUCUGACACUGUCUGUACGGUCUGAAGAGAAUAUUAACCCCAACGCCGAGGUAACGGGUUUGAAAUCCUGGCCAGUUCAAUCUACUCUUACGUUUCUAAAUCUACACUUCGGUUACCAAACAGAAGUACCUGUAUAUAGAGAAAUCUACUUUUGUCCUUGGUUAAGAAAAGAGAAAUAAAAAGAAUAAUUUCAUGCAUUUAUUUACUUGCACCAGCAGGCUUACAAGUCAAACAUGAUAACAUUAAAAAUGUAAAGCAGAAAGUUUGAUCCACCUCAAAAGCACUUUGUUCACUUAAAAAAAAACAAAAAACAGGCUCAACAAGAAUUUUUGCAAUAACAUUCUCAUAUUCCUUUGCACUAUUGGUGCCUUCUCCAAUGAACAGUCCCCCUAGAUGACAACCAUACCAACAAGUUGCCACUCAUUAAAGGGUGCACGCGACUUCCUGCUUUACAUUCCAAGAUACAAUAUUACAAAUCUGUGAUGCAAAGAAUAUUAACUUUACAUACAAAUCGCUUUUUAAUGUCAUGUCCAGUAAAUAAAAUCGGUCCGUGUCCGUCUGAUCCAUAUUGCCCAGACUGUUCUCAGUAUAGUACUUCAUUCCUGCCUUUUCUGGUCACUUUAACAUCAAUUCUUUAGAAAAAUUCAAACUGAUGAAUAAGCAAGCUUGAAAGGCAAUAUUUACAGUUUCAAUACACAUUCGUGGGCUAAUUUUUUUUUUUUUUCCUUACAUUUUGCUGUUUUUUUUUGGUACUGGAUUUAUAAAAUGCCAGCAUUUUUCAAAUAUAUUUUUUCACAUUUUAAACAUUUUUAUAAUUUUUUUGUUGAUGCUCUUUGUAUUUUUUUUUGUCAAAUUUUAAAUUGUUACAUAUUCA